AUGCAACUGCUGCAACAGGCGCAGCCCAAGAAUGUCAUGCUGGUCCACGAUGGUCAUGGUGUCAUAUGUCUAGGCCAGAUGUUAUGGUGUCAUAUGUCUACGCAAGAUGUUAUGGUGUCAUAUGUCUAUGCCAAAUGUUGUGGUGGCACUUUUCAGUGUCAGCUGAUUCCCACAUGGCCACUCAACACCAAUUGGAUCACACACACACCACCAGUCCCGAACAUUUCCCGAUUUGUAUUCUCACUGCCCGUCCCAAAUAAAUCGAAAUCAGGAGAGAAGAAGAAAAUGGCUUUUCUGAAGGACAAGAUUGUGGCCCAAUUUGGUGUGCCCUGCUACUUUCCGCAGAAUGGGGAAACGGUGACUAUCACGUCUGUUCCUCCGAUACCUAUCGGAUUGGAGGUCUCACUGGUGAAACGCCAGUUGGAGAUGUCUGAGUUAACCAGCUCACAGGUACGCGUUAACAAGGUUUGA